AUGGUCCCUGAUCUGAAUCUCCUCUUCCUUGUGCGGACGGGAGCAGCUUCAGUCUGCAGGAAACGUCGAGCAGCUUCUGUGGUGGCAACAUCUUCGAGAGAUGUUAACAAAACCGUCGGUGAAUCUUCUCCGAAACCCACCAAAUUCGUCACAUUCCUCGGAAAAGGCGGCUCCGGCAAGACCACCGCCGCUGUUUUCGCCGCCCAGCAUUACGCAUUGGCUGGGCUCAGUACAUGCUUGGUGGUACAUAAUCAAGAUCCUUCUGCUGAUUUCCUCCUUGGAAGCAAGAUUGGGACAUCUCCUACCUUAAUCAACGACAAUCUCUCCGUGAUUAGGCUGGAAACAACGAAAAUGCUUCUAGAACCUCUUAAACAGCUGAAGCAAGCAGACGCCAGACUUAAUAUGACUCAAGGGGUUCUUGAAGGGGUGGUCGGAGAAGAGCUAGGGGUGCUUCCAGGGAUGGACUCCAUUUUUACAAUGCUUGAACUCGAGAGGCUUGUUGGUUUCUUUAGGCAAGCAACCCGAAAGAACCACAAGGGGAAGGCUUUUGACGUUGUAAUAUACGAUGGUAUCAGCACUGAGGAGACUCUUCGGAUGAUAGGUUUAAGCAGUAAAACAAGAUUGUAUGUGAAAUAUCUGAGGAACCUGGCGGAGAAGACUGAUCUUGGGAGGCUAACGAGUCCUUCCAUUAUGAGAUUUGUUGAUGAGUCAAUGAACAUAAGCGGCAAUAAGUCGCCUUUUGAUGGUAUGACAAGUGCUGCCAUGUGGGAUGCUUUGGAACGUUUCUUGGAGACUGGAGCUUCUGCUUGGAGAGAUACAGACAGGUUCAGGAGUUUUCUCGUAAUGGAUCCAAACAAUCCCAUGUCUGUGAAAUCCGCGUUACGGUAUUGGGGUUGUACGAUACAAGCAGGAUCUCAUGCUUCUGCAGCGUUUGCUAUUUCUUAUUCUUCGAAUCUGACAACUACUGAGUCAAGCAAAUUCCCAAAAGACGAUUUUGUGCCGCUGCCCUUUGCUUCUGCGUCGGUCCCAUUUACUAAAAAUGGUCUGGACUGGGACAAAGUUCUGCUGGACCAAGCAAAUUCGAGCGUCCGGGAACUUCUUUCUGGAACAUUAAGCCAAAGAAGCAGCUUGACGCCACCAGUAACUUUUGAUACAGCGAAGAAAUCAGUGACUCUUUUCAUGCCGGGGUUUGAAAAAUCGGAAAUCAAACUGUACCAGUACAGAGGAGGCUCUGAGCUCUUGAUUGAAGCUGGGGACCAAAGACGAGUGAUUCAUUUACCGUCACAAAUUCAAGGAAAGGUUGGAGGAGCCAAGUUUGUAGACAGAAGUCUCAUCAUCACUAUGCGGUAA